AUGUCCUCAACGCCGAUUCCCAACGGGAGCGCUGAGGCUCCUCUCCAACUCAGCACACUACCGCCCGUUGUUGGGAUCAAUUUUGGCAAUUCCUACGCCUCAAUCGCGGUCUUCACAAAGGAAGGAUUGGCUGAAUGUAUCGCAAACGAAGAUGGAGAGCGACAAAUAGCUUGCGCUGUGGCGUUUCAUGGGGAGGAGAUGUACAUCGGAAACCAGGCCAAGCAGCAGCUUGUGAAGAACGCGAAGAAUACGAUAACUGGAUUCCGGAACCUUCUGGGCAAAAAAUUCUCUGAGAUUCCUCAGUCAGAAAACACGACCUCUGCCCCCGUCAUUCAACAUCCCGAUCAACCCGAUACUCCCGCGUACAAAGUGCAGGUUCUUCAACCCGCCCCAACACCUCUUCCAACCUCCGCCUUCACAACUCCAGCUGCCUCACAUGCUCCCACUCCACGAUCGGAGCCUGUGCUGGUUGACCGCAUUUUGACUGUAUCCGAAGUCGCCUCUAUUUUCCUGAAAUCCCUCGUACAAUCCGCCUCCGACUUCCUUGGUAAACCCAUUCAGGGUGCUGUCAUCUCUGUGCCACCCACUUUCACCCCCACCCAAAAAUCUGCUCUCGAGCAGGCAGCCACCGACGCCGGCGUAACCGUCCUUCAACUUCUGGAUGAAGUCUCUGCCGCGGCUGCUACGACCACGACGCCUAUUUGGGGCCUCGAGCCUGAUCGUACGCAGCUCGUGGUGGACUUUGGAUCUUCCUCCGUCUCGCUCGCCAUUUUGUCUAUCCGCGAAGGUCUUGCAUACGUCCUCGGGCAAUCAAGCACACCAACCAUCGGUGCGAACCAGAUCGACGAUAAGCUAAUCAAAUUCUUCGCCGCCGACUUUACGAAAAAGACGAAGAUUCCUCUCAAUGUCUGCCCCGCGAAGGACGUCACCGACCAGCGUGCCGAAGCAAAACUGCGGCUCGCAAUCGAGCACACCAAGCGCACGAUCAGCGCCUCGCCUGGCGCUGCCACCUGCUCCGUCGAAUCUCUCAAGGACGGCAUGGACUACACCGGGUCAAUCAACCGCAUGCGGUUUGACAUGCUCGGGUCGCCGAUAUACGCCACCGUUGCGUCUGAGAUCUCCUCGCUCCUCUCGACCACCGGGCUCGAUGCCCACGACGUGGACGAGGUGGUAUACGUCGGUGGCACAGGCUGCCUACCUGGGCUGGACGACCGGCUCGGGAUUGAGGUGGGACUGAGGGAGGCUGUUGAGACGCCAUUCGCGCGUGGCACCGUCGUCGGUGGUGGACUGGGCGACCCGACAACGAUCAUCGCCCGUGGAUGUGCGAUCCAGGCGGCUCUCAUCAACGGCCUCGGGUCCGACGGUGAGGAGGGCGAGCUGCGACAGGCGUUGACGGGCGUCGGUGCGGAGGUCAAGGCGACGACUCGCACGCUUGGGCUGCUCUUCCCCAACGGGCUCGAGGAGAACAAGGAACUGGGCGGCACCUGGGUGCCUAUCGUCCAGAAAGAGACGGCGUUGCCGGUGCGGCGCGUCGUCUCGUUCGAGGUCGGGCUUAGUGAGCAGUCAAAGCGGAUCGCGUUCGAGGUGUGGGAGGUCAAGGAGGGCAUCCGGAUCGAGAAGGUUGCGCCGCCCAAGUCGUCGGAUCCGGAAGACGCUGAUGACGAUGAUGAUGAGCCAGAAGAAGAGGAAGUAAAGCACCGGACGUUGGCGAAAGAGCGUCUGCUCGCUGUCGUGGACACCCAGGCGAAGCUCGCCAUACAGACAAAAGGCAAGGGAAGGGAUGCCGGCAAGUGGUUCACGCACGUCCAAGUGCAAUUUGUUGUGGAUAUCGAGGGCGCGUUGGAUGUCGAGCUCAAGGAGGUGGGUGAGGGCGGUGUCGUGGAGAAGCUCAGAGUUUCUUCAUUGUAG